GCAGUGUUGCCAGCGGCGGCGCCUGGCGAGAGUCCUCCGUUGUUUUGGUUCUGGCAACAGUGACGGGUUCUCGGGGCCUCAGACAGCCGAGGAGUGUCCUCGAUACAGAGAUUUGUGCACGAAACGGCGAUAUAUCAUUGUAGGAUGUCCCCGUAAGACUCUGAGACGCGGAGGAACACUCCAGGACUUCGCUGAGGAGAGGAGGAGCCCACAGAAUUGGGAGAAGGAGAGAAGGAAGUGCACCCAGUGCGGGGGGCAAUUGUUCCGCGUUUGGUGUCUCGGAAUCGGAGACUGUGACAGAUAUUUUGCAAACAUGUGGCAGCUUAGAUUACUUGGAAAAUUGAUUUUAGUCCUGCUAGGAGCUUCAACAUGGGCACUUACCUUAUCCAUCCCUGAGGAGAAUAGCAUUCAGCCCACGCACAGUUCCUCUGGCCCAUGCCAUGUUGUGGAACCAACGGAGAUUGUGUGCAGGGGAAUGCAAUCCCUUGAAGAGGUGUCCAGCAAUAUCCCAGAAGAAUUAAGGGCACAAGUAACAAAACUCACUUUGGAGAAUGCUGUACAAGGAGUCUGGACAAGGGAUGACCUAGUAAAGCUGCCAUCUCUGCACACCGUUGUAUUCAACCACAGCUAUUUUUCGGAGUGGGAACUUCCCACACGGCCAGAUGCUCCUUCCCUCUCACGGUUGAUACUAGAGGACUGCUGGAACAACGAUACUCUCAAGACCUCCAAGAUGAGGUCCACACUCUCCCUUACAACUGAGACACUAGCAGGUUUGGGAGGGUUAGAAGAGUUUCACAUCAUAGACUGCUAUGUCCUCGACUUAAACCUCAGUACCAUAGAGACUGUAAAACCUCUCCAACUUCUCAAUAUUGUUGGUGGAGGCCUCAACUGCACAAAGGACAAGCUGUGGAUGCUGGAGUGGAUGGACGAAGGCCGAGCGAACAUCACAAAUACCACUAAGUGCUUCGUGGUGAGCUCAGGGGAGAUGACUCUCUUCUCUACACGCUAUAGUUUCAAUGACCACCAAUUCUUGCUCUGCAUGAAGUAUGUGAAGGAGACAGAGCGCGAUUGCCCAAGCCAGUGCCAGUGCAACGUCCAAGGCUUCAAGGAGAGUCAAUACCCAAUAAUACACUUGCUAUGUGAGAGGGUUGGCCUCACCCAACUGCCUGAGGUCAUCCCAAGAUGUACAACACGAAUGCAGUUUGGAUGGAACAAUAUCACUGACAUAAAUACGCUCUUCACUAACAAGAACUAUCGGAGGAUGGAUUCCAUUCUCCUGAACAACAAUCAGAUUUCUUACAUCAACGGAGAUCUCUUCUAUAACUACAUCAAGGGCCGACCACUUGAUGUUUACAUCAAUCUUGCAAACAAUAAGUUGACAACAUUGCCAAUCAAGGAAAUCAACAGGAUAUAUGAUGAGGCACGCAAGACAUCGCAGUUCUACCCAACAUUCAAUCUGGCAGAUAAUCCCUGGAACUGUGACAAUUGCUCCUUCUUGCCAGAGUUCCAGAAACUGGUGUAUUACCAGAGCACAAUGAUUCCUGAUUAUCAUGACAUCCGCUGCCCGAGUGACAGUGAACACCAUCCCAAAGAGCGUCUGAUCUUGAUUGAUGUCGAGUCACAGUGCUCUCCAGGCCCUCCCCUGCUGAGUUUGAUUGACAUCCUCAAUAUCACCCUGGCUCUUUUGCUGCUCCUUCUCAUCAUUAACUUCCUCCACAACUUCUACCAGUACAGACGCCAUGGGAAGUUGCCCUGGAUCAUCAUUCGUAUGCCCUUCUGCUGAGGGAAGCCAGCUCCAAGGCCUAUGGGAUACAACUUGGCUUGUAGGAAGAUUUAGGGGUUGUUAGAGCAUCUGGGUAUUCCUUCUGUUUCUUUCUGUCUACUUUUGUGUUCUGUGUUUUUUUUUAUUAAGCCAGUACUAGAGGGCUGCAUUAGUUCAAUGUUGCAGUAGGUCUCCAAGCCUGAGUUGCAACAAGAGUAGUGAUAAGGGCAGCUUGAAUCUUGUCCUUUAAUGUAUUCUAUUGUGUUCAUAGUAUGGCAGAAUGAGUGCAUGUUCAUUAACCUCAUUGCUGUCAUUGCAAUGUUUUGAGAAAGAAGUGGAAUUUGAGUUCAUGAAAUGUACCUGAGAUGAAGAGUUUACUGCUAAUAAUAUAGUAUAUUCAUAUUAUUGUUUUCCUUUAUAAAUUUUAUAUGAAAACAAAUAAUAUAGUAGUGGUAAGUGUGAAACGUGUCCAUUGAGUGGUUGUCUCUAUUGCUUAUUCUAUAGUAUUUUUUCAUGACUACAAUAGGUCAGCAGAUAGUUGAUUUGUUGUAUGACUGAAUUUUUUGCUGGUUUUUAAAUAUUUUAUCUUAUAGAAUGUAGCUUUUGUUCAUGUAUACUAUUCCAGAAUUCCCAAUUUCCCAAUAGAGAGGCUGUCACUGCGUUGUGAUCAUGUAAUCAUCUAGGGCAGUUAUUAAGAUAGGAAUUGAAUAUGGGAAUGCAAGGAUCCACAGUAAUAACUGUGAUAAAUAGCCAAUAGUGAAUUUUAAAAGAAGAGUUAGUUGUGUUGGAAAAAAUGUUUAGUUACAAAAUGGUUUUAUUGUAGUCUUGCUUCUGCAAUUGAUUGAUCUUAAGACUCAUCCUGUGACAUGUACAUAGAGAUGAUAGCAACUAUUGUGUAAUUUGUAUAUCAAAAUCUUAUGAAAAGUAUUUUUGUAAUAACAGGCAGAUGCACAAACUUUUGCACAUGGAGGUGUAUAUCAACACACAAACAUAAAAGUACACACAAGCAUGUAUACAAAGGUGGGCAUUACUGUCAUAACUUUUUUUUAUUGAUAAUGGUACCAGCAUUAUUUUUUAAACCAAAACUGUUAGAAGUAUCAUUGGUAGUUUUGUAGUAAUUUUCAUUGCUUUAUAGGGUUGUCACUAAUUUAUCCUGGUGUCAAUGUUGUAUUUUUUUAAUGUUAUGGUUAAUGGUUAGAACAAAUAAAUGUGCUAGACAUCUAAGGUCAUAUAGCACUAUGAUUUUUGUUUAAUUAGUCUGAAUUAGGUGGGUAUUGCCAGCACAAAUUCAUCUCAUAGGAAAUGGUGGCUACUACAACAUGAUUGGCACCACCAAGAAAAAUAUUUUGCUGUGAUGUCAAGAAAACAUUAUUUCUUUCUGCUUAGUGUUAUUUUACUCUUUUGCAAAAAUAGAGCUGAGAACUAAACAAGGUUUUACUCCCAAAAAUUUGUAUUGGCACUUGGCAUAUAACGGAUUUAUUCAAUUUUUUCAAAGAAAAAAAAGACCAGAUAACAGUAGCUCACUAAAUGGUAACAUAACCACUUGUGAAUUACUUUAAAAGUAUUGUUUGUCCACCACUGCCUGUCAGUGCAUGCACACAUGCCCAAAUCCACCCAUAUAUCUGAACAUACAUUCAAACAAACAAAUAUAAUUGAACAUUCAUUAUAUAGGUCUUGUGUACCUUCAGAUAAGAAUAUGAUAGUACAGUAGUUAAUGGUAAGCAUCUUACAUCUGUUUGUACAGCAUUAAAAAAAAGUAGAGUUGGGAUUGCACACUCUUGCUGAAGAAUGGUUUGCAUAGGACUUUUUUUAUCUGACUUGCUCCAAGACAUCAAGUUUUAGAAGGAAGGGGAACUUUUUUCAUAUCAUUUGUGUGUCCUUGUGAGAGUAAGUUAGCAAGUGAAUGUGAGUGAGAGAAAAUGAGUGAUUGAGAAUGAGUUCUUUGGCAGUGUAUGCUGCUUAUGUUCAAGUAACAGGCCAGGUCUGCAUUACUUCCAUGAAAUAGUGCUUAAACAAUUGUAAUUAAUCAAGAAAAAGUAGAGGAUUUUCAGAUUAUUAAUUCCCCCAUAAGGCAUAAUUAUUUUUGUCAGAUAAUGGAGCAAUCUUGAUAUUCCUUUUGAAAAGCUGGUGCUGAAGAAUGAACUGCUGUAGAACGAGUCAGGAAACAAAAAAAGAAGUCAAAAAUUAUUUUUUUUUUUAAUCUAAAAAGUUGAGAACAAAUAAAAUGGUGUCUGCAUAUUAUUUUUAUUAGGCUAUCAUUAAUGAAAGCCAUGGAUUUAUUGCUUAUGCACUGCAUUUUUUUAGGUAAAUCUUGGAACUAGAAACCAACUUUUGUUAGUAUACAUGUUUUUUUUUUCUUUGGAGCUGCUGCACUAGUCAAAGAUAUUUUUAGAUAAAGGGCAUUUGUUUCUAGAUCCUUUCCACAAGGACAUAUAGCUUUUAAAUAAAUAAAUAAAUAAGUACAUUAUGUAUACAUUUUUGUGGAAUCCAGUGAUGUGCAUUGAUAUCUUUAUUUAGUAAAAGCGAAAAGCAAGGCAUGGUUUGCAAUUGUGGGAUUUGUUUUCCUGAUCCCACACAUGUUUGUAGUGCAUUUCUACAUUUCAUUUAUUUAAUGCUUGGUAAGACUUCUUCAGGUACUAACUGUAAUAAAACAAAUAAUGCAUGCUUACAGAGACAAAGUUCAAGGGAGAAUUGGUAAAUAAGAACUUGAUAGCAAAGGAGGUUUAAGGAGCAUGGUUCCUUUAACAGUACAAUGCAAAAAUAGUUUUAUUAAGAAAUUAGUGAUUUAAUAGUAGUAAAGUACAUGGAUCUUUAAAAGUUUAUUAUAUAUUAUAGCAGAGGUGAGAGAGAGAGAGAAAACAAAAACUUGAAAGUAUUAUAAUUUAUCUUGUUUAAUAGUGCAGUUACAAUGGCAACAAGGCUGCUAACUUAAAGCUGCAUCCACAUGAGGAGCAGAGCCCAUGCAGAUCCAGUGCUGAAGUUAUAUCUCUUUCUUCCUUAGCAGUCCUGCCAGACUGAAUAGUUCCAGGGUGAUGAGUUAUGGCCUCUAUAAGCCUUAAUUUGUGAUUGGCCAUUUUGAUAGUUUACUCAGUUUUCCCAUCUUUAACAUCAUACCCAUGGGAGCCUGGCUACCUUCCAACUUUUUUUAUUGGACCAUCAAUUGGUAAUAAUGCUUCCUAGCACGGGUACUGCCCCUCAUGUGGAUGCAUCUUUAGCCUAAACAGAUGAGCAUUUGCAAGUGUACAGUAUAUUUAAUCCUUUGUUAUAUGCAGAUGCAUAGUUUCAAAAUGAAGGGUGCUAUUAAGUAUGUAUUCAAGUUUUACCCAUAGUCAUUCUGUCGCUAUUUGAUUUACAUCAAGACAUGUCUUUCAGAGUGUAUAUGAAGAUUUUUUUUUUUUUUUUUUUUUUUUACAACACUUCAUCAUGUAUCUCAUAUAUUUUCUAAUUUUACCAUGUAGUGUUCUCAUAAUGGUUCUUUACUAUAGAAGCAAAUGUUGAUAAUAGAAGAGAAGGGUAUUACACCAAUAUUGGUCUUUGCCCAGUUUUAGGCAGAUGAUCUGUGAAUUGCAGUAGGCUUCUGCUGCUUGGCAUCUGGAUAAAAUGGAUUAUUACUAUUUCAGAAAUUUUAUUAGGGCAUGAUAUAACUGCGCAGUUCAUACAUUUUUUUUUUUUUUUCUUCUUUUAAUGUAAUAAUCAUAUUUCCACUACUAUCCUAGAGCUUGUUCUAUUGUGUAAGAUUUAUUUAUAGUAUGUCAGCUUGAUAAGAUGAGGCUUUAUUGAGUUUAGGGUGGAACUAAGAGAUGUGCUUACUACAAAAUAUUUAGCUGAUGAGUUUGCAUUUGCAAAUUUGACUGGACCAUAGACUUUAUAUUUUCAAAAACUCAGUUGUUAUUUGCAUUAAUCCCUAAAGGAUGAUAUAUAAUAAUCAUCACUAUUAGGUGUAACUGCUUGGCAAUGCAAAAUAUCACAAGUUGUUGGACUGCGAUUUUCUUGAUUUGUUUACACAUUCUUUCAGCCUUCCUAUUUUCCCCACCAUCAUGUGGAAAGACAGCAAACUCAUUUUACCUGCUAGGCUUUCAAUUUCCUUGUUACAGGAUUUUAAGGUUUAGUCUUUUUUCUGCCUUAUCUUCUACACACAGAUCUGGAGUUUCCCAUUCUUUUGGGAAUGCACAAAGUUUCAAAGACUGUAUAAUUGGUGCUAAAGCAUCUGCUGGAAAAAAUCUUCAUAAUACUUGUUCACAAAUUUUGUAACAUUUUUGCUUUUAUCUUUCUGGUAGGAAAAAUGUAUAGAUUAUGCAUCACAAAAUAAAUAAAAUUUGCUUA